AUGGCCGCUGUAUUCGAUCAGGAACCUCAGGCUGAGGGGAGGCGGGGAAUAAUCACUGCAAGAAGUCACUAUUUUGUCACGAGGAUUACGAAAGGAAAGUUGGCGACCAAACGAGCUAAAGUGCAUAAAGAAGAAAACCCUUCAGUUACAGUUUUUAGAGAGUAUUUGAAGAUAAAAACUGUUCAACCAAACCCGGACUAUGACGGCGCCGUUCUUUUCCUCAAGAGGAUAGCUGAGGAACUUGAUCUCGCAUUUAAAUGUGUAAAGAAUGCCGAGUCAGGUAAAGUUGUGGCUGUUGUCAUUACUUGGAAAGGAAAACAACCCGAUUUACCAUCCAUCAUGUUAAACAGUCACAUGGAUGUAGUUCCAGUAUUUCCAGAAAACUGGACAUAUGAUCCCUUCUCUGCCCACAAGACUGAAAAUGGUGAUAUUUUUGCCCGUGGAAGUCAGGAUAUGAAAUGUGUUGGCAUCCAGUACAUUGAAGCAAUAAGAAAGCUUCAGUCACAGCAGUUCACCCCAUGUAGGACUUUUCAUGUUACAUUUGUUCCAGAUGAAGAGAUUGGUGGAAUGGAUGGAAUGAAAAAAUUUGUGGAAAUGGAUUAUUUUAAAUCCCUCAAUGUCGGUUUUGCUUUGGAUGAAGGGCUUGCAAACCCAACAGAUGCAUUCACAGUAUUUUAUGGGGAGAGAUCUGUAUGGUGGUUAAAAGUAAUUUGCAAAGGUCCUCCUGGCCAUGGUUCCAGAUUUGUGGAGGGUACAGUUGGAGAAAAGAUGUGCAAGAUUGUACAGUCCUUUAUGUCUUUUAGAGAAGAACAAAAGAAAAGGUUGAGCUCCAAUCCUGAUCUUAGGCUUGGUGAUGUAACUACAGUGAACUGGACAAUCACAGAGGGUGGAGUGCAAGCUAAUGUCAUUCCAGCAGAAAUGUCAGCAGUGUUUGACAUUAGAGUCACCCCAACUAUGGACGCCGUGGAACUCGAGAACAAAAUAAAGCUGUGGUGUGAUGAAGCUGGAGAAGAAGUGUCUUAUGAAUUUUUACAGAGAGGAAAUAGUUGCCAAUUAACACCGACUACUGUGGAUGACCCAUGGUGGAAAGCCUUCAGUACCACUUGCAAGAAAAUGAACAUGAAAAUAGAGAAAGAGAUUUUUCCUGCUGGAACAGAUAGCCGCUUUUUACGAGAGUUGGGUCUUCCCGCCAUCGGUUUCUCACCGAUGAACAACACACCGAUUCUUCUUCAUGACCAUGACGAAUUCCUCAACGAGAAAGUUUUCCUGCACGGAAUAGAAAUCUAUUGCGAGUUGUUAACAGCUUUGACAAAUGUGCAGCCAUUUUGAACGAGAAGAGUACAAAAUAAAGAUAAAGAUAUGAUAUCGCGGCGAUUCGUGUGAAAGGAAAGAAAACCUGCAUAUCGGAAAAACUACAAUAGAAAUCUACAUACAUAUCAUGAAUUAAAAAGUGUGUCAUUACAAUA